AUGGACACGUCUGAAACCGGAACGGAGACUUCUACAAGCAUUGCAAGUACCACCGGACUCACAAACAGGCCACGAAAUCAGCAUAAAAACUGCCGGUUCAUUCGCCUGGCGCCUCUCAUCUGCGUCUUCGUUGGCUGUUCAUUGACAGUUGUUGGUCAAGUUGCUUCGCAGAAAAGCUGCGAGAUUGCAGGCCCGGUAGUUAUUGCUAUGGGUGGACUACUUCUUAUUUUCCUAACAUUUUGGGAUUCAAGGAAUAAACUUACUGAUGGCACUUGUUCCGGUGAAGAAGAGGUUGUGAACACGCCUCAGACAUUUUCCAACAAAUGCCUCAACACUGAUGAAGCAGCUGAUUUGGGCUCCAUUCAUCAUUUUGAAAUCUUCACUCCAACCGAAGAAUCUGUUAUCGAAAUGGUGCCUCCUUCAUACGAAAUAGCGGUGGGCGAAAAGGAAAACAUUUCAAAAUAA